AAUUAUAUGUUUUCGAAUUCAUCGAUGACGGUUUGGGAUGACAAUAACCAUUGGCUUUGCAUGAACAACGGAACUGGGACUGAGGCUGAUCCUGAGUCAAUAUUACCUUAUUUCAACUCCUCUCAUCAAAAGUCUCGAUUCUCACCAAACAGAAAAUUAGCUGGUGUUAUAUGUGCACCACCUUUAAUUGCUUUUAUCAAAAUUUAG